AUGACUCGAAACAACCUUGGGGACCAUCUCUCCUGGCUGCUAAGCAACGUCGCGCUAUCCACGCCCACCGAUCUCGCCUUUCCACCAGCCCGUGACCCCUCCGGUAUCGAGUCUUCGCAGUCUCAGAGCCGUUUCGGUAGCUCAAGCUCUCAACAAGAGCUCCCGAGUCGUCCAAUUCCCCAGCCAAUACCUGGUCGAACGCAUGCUGGACCUGCACUUCAUGCCCUGGACGUGGUGGAACUGCCUCGGGAUUCUAGGGUGGCCACAACGGGAAACUCCGCGUCCAUGGCGAGAUUGACUUCUUCCACGAGACCUAGAAAACCCUCGUUGGCGGUGAAGCAGCAGCCGCAGCAACAGUUGUUGACACCGUCUUCGACAACGAGUGGUGGCAGAUUCCAGCAGGCUUACACGGCUAAGCUCCAGCAAGAGGAUGCACUGAACGGGCGGAACCGGGCUGCGCCGUCAUCGUCACAGGAAGGGAGACGCAAGCCGGCGCCAGCACCCACGCCAGACUUUCUCGACGACGACGAUGACGAAAUUCUCGACCUGACUGGCAACGAUACUGUUCUGUCAUCAGACUCAGUCGCAUUUGACGAUGGAGUCACUAUAUGGAAUGAGGAACAAGCGUCAAGACCGGAGCCGUUGGUCAAACGUGGCCAAAAGCGGAAGAGCACUGAGAUGAGCAAGGCGGGCGAUUUGGACUCAGAUUCGGACGAGUUUCCAGACAUCUACAAGACGCUGGGAACGCCUGCACCAAAGGGCAGUCGCUCGGCUAAAGGACCAAGGACCAUUCCCUCCAGUGUUUCUCGAGCAAAUGCCAACAACGGCGUCAUCGAAGAGAGGACCAUCACACAAACCAUCAGUCGGGUCCAGCGCACUUACAAGAUGUCCGAAGAUCCCAGUGGGAACAGCACCCCGCUUCGACUACCCAUGGCUUCGGGAGGUCAACAGGUUCUUGGGCGGACACCGAGCAAGGCUUUGCGGAUAUCGUCAAGUCCAGAAUCGAACACAAGCAAGCAACGCAGCAAACCUCGGGUAAUACAAGAUUCGGAUGACGAGUUCGAUGACGGAGAUAUUGAUGAAGAGCUUCUUGCUACACCAAGCCGCCAUACAGGCUCCAUUAUGCCGUUAGCGAAUCCUCGUUCAAGGCCUGCAUCAAUUCCCCUUGACAACACCGAGCUAUCAGACGGGCUUGUUGCUCCCGACACACCCUCUAAGCCUGAGCCCUCGGUGCUGCGACCCGAAAACCACUACGAGCCAGCUGGGACAAACUAUGCGCCAUCUCCAUCUCGGAACCAUUCCUUCAAAUCUAUAUCCCGGCAAAGCACCUCGUCUCAGGCACAGAAGUCGGCUGUGCUCAAGUUCAUUCUCAAUAAUCGAGACUCCCUGAAGGCCAGGGAGAAGAUGAUUCAAGACGAGCGCGACCAAAACCUGAAGGACUAUGCCAGAGUUCUACGAGAAGGCACUAAAGAAGACCGAGCUGAACUUAAGAGCGCGAAGGAAUUGUUGCUGAAGCAACAAGCUGGUUUGGAGGAAGUUUGCGAGCUUCUCAAAUCACAUGCGGCACUCGAAGACGAGAGAGAGUCUCUAGCAAUGCAAAUCGCGAACGCAUAUGACCAAGGUCGCGACACUGAGGAGGAAGAGAAUGCUUUAGAUCAACUCGCCGACAAAGUCAAAGUUUUGGAGCAGUCCAUCAGUGAACUUCUUCCUGGUGUUGGUAUAGUGGAUGAAACAUUCAUCGAAGACUACCGCAGAUCCAAGUCUGUUGUCAUGAGCACUCAGCCUGGUCACAAGUUUUCUUCUAGGGCAUCAAGGGACCUGCCGGGGCCCAUAGAGAUGGACAGCCAAGUUAUUCAUCAGACGCAAUUUCCCGGGUCAUCAAGGCUUACUGAUCCGAGGGAUCAUUCGCCGCCGCCGUUCCCGCGGAGUCGACCGCCAGCUCCGAGGAGUGCGAAGCCCGUUGUACCAAGUACCAAGCCCCGCCUACGCGAUGACUUUGAAGAUGAAUAUUUCGACGACAUCGAGGAUGAUUAUGGCGCAUUCAACCCCCCUCCGCCACCUGUGUCUAGGCCGACACCGAAUCGCAAGAGUCCUCUCAAGAAGGCUUGCCCUCGUGCCCAGGACAUGUCCAGCGACUAUGGUGACGAUGCAGACGCGGAUAUGCUUGCGCUCGCUCACGACUUCGAGCUCCGACAGUCUUCAUCUGCAGAAACAACGAGAGGUCGGAGUGCACUCGCUACGACAUCAGGCAAUGCCGUUCAAGCUUCAAAGGCUGUUGAACCUCUAAAAAAGAGAGAACCUUCCAAAGCGAAGCUGUCGAUGCCCCCGGAGCUGAUGAAACACCCCUGGUCUGCAGAUGUGAGGAAGGCUUUGAAAGACAGGUUCAGAAUGAGAGGAUUUCGAUCUAAUCAGCUUGAGGCCAUCAAUGCUACGCUUAACGGCAAAGAUGCUUUCGUGCUGAUGCCAACCGGAGGAGGCAAAUCCCUUUGCUACCAACUUCCAGCUAUUAUUACUAGCGGAAAGACGAGGGGAAUCACGAUUGUCGUCUCUCCUCUGCUCAGUCUUAUGCAAGACCAGGUGGAUCACAUGUCAGCUGUCAACAUUCAAGCUGUUUCACUCAACGGCGAGACAAGUCCUCAGAAGCGAAGUCAGAUUUUCUCUUCCUUCAAAGAGAGGAGUCCCGAGCUCUACAUCCAAUUACUCUACGUUACACCGGAGAUGCUGAACAACAGUGACAACUUCAUGAGGGCUUUGACAAGCCUUUACUCCAACAAGCGACUCGCACGGAUUGUCAUUGACGAGGCACACUGUGUCAGUCAAUGGGGCCACGACUUCCGACCGGAUUACAAGGCACUCGGCAAACUUCGACAUCAAUUUCCCACUGUUCCCAUCAUUGCACUUACGGCAACGGCAACUCAGAAUGUCAUUGUCGACAUCAAACAUAACUUAGGAAUGGACAGCUGUCAGGUCUUUAGCCAGAGCUUCAAUCGGCCAAAUCUCACGUAUGAGGUUCGACGGAAAGAGAAGGAACUGAUCCACAAGAUCGCCAAUCUGAUUAUGUCGAAAUAUGAUGGACAAUGUGGAAUCAUCUAUACUCUAUCAAGAAAGACUGCAGAGCAAGUCGCCGAGAAGCUGCGUUCCCAGUAUGGCGUCAAAGCAAGCCACUACCAUGCGCAAAUGACUCCAGAGGACAGAAUUAGAGUACAGAGAGAAUGGCAAGCAGACAGGAUCCACGUCGUUGUAGCAACAAUUGCUUUCGGUAUGGGCAUUGAUAAGCCUGACGUUCGCUUCGUCGUCCACCACUCGAUUCCGAAGAGCUUGGAAGGCUACUACCAAGAAACAGGACGUGCGGGCAGAGAUGGCAAUCCUUCGGAUUGCAUUCUCUACUUCGGUUAUCAGGACGUGGCCACAUUGAAGAAGAUGAUUUCCCAGGGUGAAGGAAGCGAGGUGCAGAAAGAACGACAAAGAAUGAUGCUCAACCGAGUCACUGCGUUCUGUGACAACCGGGAAGACUGUCGCCGCGUUGAGAUCCUUCGCUACUUUGGCGAACAAUUUAACCCUGACGAGUGUGAGAAGACUUGCGACAACUGUCGGGCAGGGGCUGUCUUUGAGCAGCAAGACUUCUCUGAGCUUGCCGUUGGGGCCAUCCAGACCAUUCAGCUUCACGAACGCCUGACUAUAAAUCAGUGCAGUGAGAUUUUGAUGGGGAAAAAGUACCAAAAGACAAUUGACAAGCAUCCCGAUGAUCCCCACGGCAUUGCAAAGGGGAUGAAGAAGCAUGAACUCGAACGCAUCAUUGAUAGGCUUACAGCUGAAGAGGCCCUCGAGGAGGAGAACGUGGUGAACAAGAGGGCCGGUAUUGCGAUCCAGUAUCUCACUCCUGGUCGCAACGCCCACCUGUUCCUUAAUGGCCGCCGCAAGCUAUUAUUAUCAGUCCAGGUUUCUGAUAGGAAUAGGGAACCAUCGGCACCGAAACCCAAAAAGCGAGCCCAAAAGAGCAAGAGAGAUGAAGAACAGGAUCUGGAAGAAGAACCGCCAAGAAGACGCCUGCCACCUUCGACCAAUGUGUCUUCGCCGGCGCAAGCUCGAAGAACGCAAGACAAGAGGCCAAAGGGCAAGUCCAUUGCCACCGUCAUCGAUUCUGACGAGGAAGACGAGUUGCUAAGGCAAGAGAUGGAAGAGCAAAGUCUGUCACUGCACGCAAAUGGCUACAUCAAGGAUGGCUUUGUUAUGUCCGAUAACGAAUCCGACGAUGGGUUUGAGCCACUACCUCCGCCUCGUAAACGUGGGAAUGCCUCCAAGGCAGUUGGGCCCCGUAUUGAGGAGGACAAACGCCUGGGGGCACUCGACGAACUGCAUCAAGACGUUGUCCACAAUUUCGUCCAGGAGGCCAAGCAGCUCGAGGAGUCUUUGCGAAAUGCGCAGGGACUUCGGAAACCUCUCUUUUCCGAGAAGAGUUUCCAAGAAAUGGCUAUACGAUGGACAGAAACUCUCCCUCAGAUGCGUCAAAUUUCGGGAAUUGAGCCACAAAAAGUGGACAAGUUUGGCAACAAGUUCGUUCCCCUGAUCAAACGCUUUCAUAGCAAUUACCAGGCAAUGCUCAGCUGCGUGGACGGUGACGAAGAUAUGGAAGCUGAAGAGCAAAGUAUUGUCGAUUUGAUCAGUUCCGACGAGGAUGAAGCCAUGGAUGACGAGGAAGAGGAAGAGGAGUCUUCGAAGUAUUUUGGUAGUGGACCGCCUCCCCUCGCACCUGCUGUUCAGGAGUGGAAUGAGCGAAUGAAGGAAUUAGAGACGGCGCCUCCGACCCGAGCUUCAUCGUCAACGUCGACGAGGGGCCGUGGCGGUGGUGCUCGAGGCGGUCGGAAAUCAGGUGGUCGCAAGGGCUCCAACCCCUGGGCAAAUAAAAAGCAAGGGGGCGGCGUCACCAAGAAGAAGGCUUCUGGUGGAGCCAACAGAAGAAGCAACGGCGGAACCACAGCUUCGAGAAACAGCUCUGUGACCAACUACUUCUCCAAGGGCGGGAGGAGAGGUGGCAGCGGCGGUGGGGGUGGCAUUGGGCUGAUGCCACAUUGA